CACAGGCUGUCCUGCUGCUGGACGGAAAUUGGCAGCACCCCCUUUGCUUCCUUCUUCUUCUUCUUCUUCUUCCUCUCCUUGAUACGCUUUUCUUUCUACCUUUCACUCUUUGUUUCUGAAAGGGGGUGGUGGUUUUUGAGGUGGUGAAACCAGGUGAAAGAAAGAGAGCAAGAGAGGGACGUGGGAGAGAGUGAGGGGAAGGGAUG